UUCCUGUUUGCUGAGAGCGCGUGGUUUGAGUCGGAGCUCUUUCAAAUUUAUUCUUAAUACAUCGUUUAUUCUUGUUAUAUCUUAAGACUUGUGUUUUAAAUUGUUAUCCUCCGAGGGUAAAACAUAUCCUUAAAUAUAUCCCAUACCAAAAUCGUAUUUAAACGCACAGAUAAUUUAUUUUUAUCGGAUCACUCGCUAUUAGCCUCAGGCUGUUAGCAUUCCCAGCCUGCCUGCUUACUGCUUAACACACUGUUCUCAUUAUUAAAUCACUGAUGGCUAAUGUUUCAGAUGUGUCUGUACCUCUGUGUGCAGAUGAGGAAACGAUCGCACUUCAGUCGGAACUGGAGGCUGUGGAGAAGCAGAUCCAGGAUCUACUAGAGAAGCAGUCACGGCUGCGAGAACGAAAAACGGCGCUGGAAACAUCCAGAGCCGACGCUCGCAAAUCCGCGGUAAGUUUUCAUCGCGAUUUUAAUACUCCUUCCACUUCUACUCCGCGUGUUUCUCUGCACAGAGCCCAGGCUUCGAGAACACGGUCAGCCCAAAUGAACUUCACUCCUGCACCGGCACAACCACGGCGAAAGGCGCGAGCCAGGACUGGAGCGAUGACCCAACCGCCGCCACCGGUCUUCGAGAUCCCGACCAGGAACCGCUUUGCCGCCCUCUGCGAGACGGAAUGCAACGCUGUGGUCAUCGGAGACUCAAUCGUCCGGAACGUACGCGCUUCCUCCACUAAAGGUAAGGUGCACACUCAUUGUUUUCCUGGCGCCCGUGUUCUUGAUGUCUCUGCGCAGGUACCUGCGAUCCUGAAGGACGAUGCUAACGUCGGAGCUGUCGUGCUGCACGCGGGGGCGAAUGACGUCAGGAUGAGGCAGUCGGAGAUCCUGAAGAGGGACUUCAGGAGUCUGAUCGAGACGGUACGCAACGCAUCGCCCACGCGAGGAUCAUCGUAUCAGGGCCGCUUCCUACCUACCGACGAGGGAAUGAAAAGUUCAGUAGACUAUUUGCUCUAAAUAAAUGGUUGAUGUCAUGGUGUAUUGAACAGAAGCUGCUCUUUGUUGAUAAUUUUGAUCUGUUCUGGGAGCGACCUAGGCUCUUCCGCCCUGACGGCCUGCACCCCAGCAGCAUCGGAGCGGUUCUUCUGUCUGACAACAUCUCAAAGACGCUACGCACCGCUUGACUACGUCUCCCAGCGGGAGAGAUUCCGCCAGGCCCAGAUGAACGUCAUAUGCCCAUCCACAACUAGAGAUUACGCCAGCUACAUCUGAAAAUCCCGUGCCAUCCUCCUGCGAGAGCCUGCGGACUGACUGACCAUCCAGCUCCAUCCAAGGCAAUUCCAUCACCACCCAAGAAAAAGGCGACCAUCUGGCCGGCCCAGCUCAGACAAUUCCAUCCCCAGCCGAGAGCAAAGACGGACUACCUGUCACAUAAAUGCUAAAUUUACAAUACUUGGUAUUUAAUGCUAAACUUACAUCACACGACAGCAGUUUGAAGUUAUGGCUGCACU